AUGGAUCGACCGCAGUUAAGGGAAAUGUGGUUGGAAGCCAUCACUUUUGCAUAUUUGGUUAACUUUGUAGCAACUUUCAUUGGUGUCUACGAAGCACAGGUUGGCUCUCGUCUCAGGAUAAGCCUUGGACCAGAGGUUGUCACCUGGAAGCGAGUGAGGCAUGAAGGUGUAGAAGAGUUCAUCAAACACUGUGAUGAAGGCGUAAACGAGCCGAGAUGUUUCCGAUUUGUUACAGCGGAUGACCGACCUGCUCUACCCGAGUCCAGUAACGCAACUGUUCUUGCAAAUGGUACUCUACUCAUUGAAGUUUUCAAGAAAACCGACGUUGGCACUUAUUCCUCUCCCGAUCUCAAGCCGAAGGAAUACGUACAUCCGGAUGGCACAACUGCGAAGAUUCACCCCAGCAUUAUAUUCGUUGAAGAGAAGGAGUAA